UUUAUUUCUACUUCCUAGGAUGACCUGGAUGUCAGCACUGAGCUGUUCUUUUUUUAUUUUUAACAUAUUAUAUAUAACUUGAUGUAAAGGUACGUUUAUGUUUAAAUAACAUUUUUAACAUAAGUUAAUCUGUAGCAGUUCGUGUUCCUGGUGAAAAUUAUUUACUUUCGCUUUCGCUUUUAACGGCAGAGCUGUCUGGGGAGUCCGCAGUCAGCAGAUCUCCACAUAAAGCUGGUGUUUUUGCGUUCUCCCGAGAAAAGCCAUGCUGCUGCACUUCAGCUCUCUGCUCAUUUUAACGUCCCUCGUCCUUCCACUUGAUUCCAAGGACUUCGAGAAGAACUCGAGUCCAUGGAAACUGAGAUUACCAGACACAGUCAAGCCAGUUCACUACGAUUUACUAAUUCACCCAAACCUGACUUUCCUCAACUUCACUGGAAGUGUUCAGAUUCAGCUAGAAGUUCUGCAGGACACCAAGCACAUUCUCCUCCACAGCAAGAAUCUUCACAUUUCCAAAGCAGUUGUUUUGCACUCUGAUGGUGCUGAUACUCUUCAUGUGCACGAGUCUGAGCCCUUGGAGCAGAUUGCACUGUCUUCUCAGAACUUUGUGUUUAUGAAAGGAGCGCAUGUAAUCCAACUAGAUUUCUCAGCUAACCUGUCCAACAGUUUCCACGGCUUUUAUAAAGGCUCAUACGCCACACGGCAUGGUGAAAUCAGAAAUUUGGCAUCCACUCAGUUUGAGCCUACACAUGCUCGCGCUGCUUUUCCCUGCUUUGAUGAACCAGCCUUCAAAGCCAACUUUUCUAUUCGUAUCCGGCGGGAGCCAAGGCAUAUUUCCAUUUCUAACAUGCCCAAGCUCAAAACAGUGACACUUACAGCUGACUUGCUGGAGGAUCACUAUGAUGUGAGUGUGAGGAUGAGCACUUAUCUAGUGGCCUUCAUUGUUUGUGACUUUGUCUCCAUCAGUAAGAGAAGUCAGCAUGGUGUUCAGAUAUCUGUGUACAGUGUUCCAGGGAAGAUUAAUCAGGCAGAAUAUGCUCUCAACACGGCAGUAACACUGCUUGACUUUUAUGAUGAGUAUUUUGGUAUCCCAUACCCACUUCCCAAACAAGAUCUUGCAGCAAUUCCAGAUUUUCAGUCCGGUGCUAUGGAGAACUGGGGCUUGACCACGUAUAGAGAAUCUGGGCUCCUUUUUGAUCCUGAAAGAUCUUCUACCUCUGACAAACUGGGCAUCACAAAAGUUAUUGCACAUGAGCUUGCCCAUCAGUGGUUUGGUAACCUGGUGACGAUGCAGUGGUGGAAUGACCUGUGGUUAAACGAGGGCUUUGCCAAGUUCAUGGAAUUUGUAUCCACUGACAUCACUUAUCCUGAGCUGCAAGUGAAUGACUACUUCUUUGAGAAGUGUUUCACUGCCAUGAGUGUGGAUUCUUUAAGCUCGUCGCACCCCAUUUCUACCCCUGUGGAAAAUCCUGCAGAGAUCCGAGAAAUGUUUGAUGAUGUAUCCUAUCAGAAGGGGGCCUGUGUUUUGAACAUGCUGAGAGACUUUCUGAGCCCGGAAGUGUUUAACCUUGGGAUUAUACGUUAUCUGAAGAAACACAGCUACCAGAAUACAGUGAGCGCUGAUCUCUGGAACAGUCUGACGAAUGUCUGUGACUCAGAUGAUUUUGACUUUGGGACACGGAACACAGCUGGAUUCUGCACUGACAGGAAGUUCAAACCUUCUGCGUCUAAAUGGUUUUUGGAAGAUGAUCUGAAUGUGAAGGAUAUCAUGGACACCUGGACACUCCAAGAGGGUUUUCCCAUUAUCACUGUGGAAGUCAAAGGUCGAGAAGUCAGUCUGAAACAGGAAAGGUACCUUAAAGGGGCAGAUAAAUCAAAUAAUUCAAGCUUCCUUUGGCAAGUACCUUUGACAUACAUGACCAGUAGCUCCAGCUCUGUCCAGCGUUUUUUGCUGAAAAGUAGAAAUGAUGUAUUGUACUUGCCAGCGGAAGUGGAGUGGAUCAAAUUCAACGUAGACAUGAGAGGUUAUUAUAUUGUCCAUUAUGAAGCUCAGGGCUGGGAGGCUUUGAUCAGGCAGCUUCAGCACAAUCACACUGUUUUUAGCGGGAAUGACCGUGCAAGCCUCAUUCAUGACAUCUUCCAGCUGGUCAAAAUUGGAAAGGUGCCUCUGGAUAAGGCCCUGAGCCUGAGUCUGUACCUGAAGCAUGAGACUGAGAUCAUGCCAGUGACGCAGGGCUUCAGUGAACUUGUUCCUUUUUACAAACUCAUGGAAAAGAGAAACAUGGCAGCUCUUGAGCACCAGCUGAAGGCAUUCUUAGUGAACAUGUUCCAGGGACUCAUUGACACGCAGACAUGGAGUGAUGAGGGCACAGCAUCAGAAAGGAUCUUGCGGAAUUAUUUGCUACUCUUUGCUUGUGUGCGCCGUUACCCGCCCUGUGUUAGCACUGCCCAGGAUCUUUUCCUCAAGUGGAAGGAGUCAGGUGGCACCUUGAGGUUGCCUGCUGACAUCCGCUUGGUUGUGUACACUGAGGGUGCUCGCACAGAAAAAGGUUGGGACUUCCUUAUGGAAAAGUACCGUUACACAAUGUAUCCUUCAGAGAAGAGUCAGAUUAAAGCAGCCCUGUCCUACAGCCCACUGGCUCACAAGCUAGAGUGGCUAAUGGAGAAGGGUCUAGAAGGAGAUAUUCUGAAGACCCAUGACCUGCCAUCGCUUGUUAUUAGUGUCAGUAAAAACCCAAAUGCAUAUAAACUAGCCUGGAACUUUCUGAGAGCCAACUGGCAAGUACUGGUUAAGAAAUUUGAUCUUGGUUCCUCUUCAAUCUCACGUAUGGUUGUUGGAGUAACCAAUCAGUACUCAACCAAGGAGAUGCACGAAGAGGUACGAUCUUUCUUCAGUUCACUGCAUGUAGACAUGGGUUCAGGACUGCGUAGCAUCCAGCAGGCUCUGGAAAACAUCGAGGAGAAUAUCCGCUGGAUGGAUAAAAAUAUUCCUCUUCUUAAAAACUGGCUAAACAGCCACAGUGUAUGAGUGAAGCCAUGGAGCUGCACUUAGCAUUCUUGUUCUGGCUUAUGAUGUGUGUGUGUGUGUGUGUGUGUGUGUGUGUGUGUGUGUGUGUGUGUGUGUGUGUGUGUGUGU